AUGACCGACAGAUUAAUGCCGAGGCCUUCCAGCUCGAACAAUGGCCGCCAUGUUUUUUUCCAGAACGAGGUGCACUUCACGGGGUUCGUGACGGUCCUUCUAGAAAUCAGCCUCUUGCUGGAGAACAUGCUGCCGCUGGUUGUCGUCGUCUGGUGGAAGCGGCCGGGCGAGCGAUCCAUCUGCGACAAGCUCAUCGCGGCCCUGUCCCUCACCUACAUCACGUCAGCCAUCAUUCCAACUCCAUUUGGACUCGUCUCGUACUUCCACGGCAGCUGGUAUGGCGGGAAGGAGACGUGCGAGUGUUUCCAGGUGACGACCACAUUCUGCAGUCUCUCCGCCAUGGCGCUCGUGACCUACAUGUGCAUGGAUCGCCAUCUGUCGGCGUGCCCGUGCGCAGGAUUCAAGCUCCGCACGGAAUGCAGAGACAGCUUCGGAGUGAUCCUGUUUUUCCUUUUCGUGUGUACCCUCACCAUCUCCACGAUGCCUGUAAUCGGACUGGGCCCGCAGAUAAUGGCGGGAAAUGAUACGUGCGACGCCUGGAUCAUACUAAUCCCAGAGCCGGGCAAGAGAGAGAUCUAUUUUAUAUCGUUUUUAUCGUUCGGGUUUUUGAACAUUUUCCUAUCGACCGUGUCCAGUUUAUACCUAAUCGUGUUGCUACACAGACCUCAAAGAACUGUCGAGAUUUGUGAGAGUGGUGCUAAUAACGAGGACAGUGAGUCGGAGGUGCUUCACAGCAGCUCGUCGGCGAGCAGCACGUGGGUGAUUCUUGCCUUGGUGUUCCUCAAUCAGGUCACGUGGAUACCAACUUUAACGAUGAUUACUUUUCAAAAGGUUGGACUCAAAGUUAGUGAAGCAGCCAUGAUGUACGCCUUGUUAGCAACGUCACUUCCAGGAUUGCUCAACCCACUUCUGUAUGGCCUCGUCCUGGAUUCUUACAGAGAUGGUUAUAAAAAGAUCAUUUUCAAAAUCUUCUUUUGUUGUAAACCCAAGGAUGUACAAACGCAGGAAUUACGAGGUGGUCGUCUUUGCAGAAUAAUAAUCGACGGCGACGUUCAGACGAACUGUAAACAGACCGGUGGGACUGACAACCCACUGUUUGAAGGUGACCUAGUUUCAGGGCUUUCACGCAGCUGUCUGCUGUCCACUCACGGCGCCGCGGCAGAAGAAGAUGGGAUCUUACUUUCUAAUGACGUAGAAACCAACAAGAACGGCGCGACGGCAUCACGUGACCAGACAAAUCAAGAAAUAUUGGUUCAUUCUGGAUCCGAGGCGGAAAUGACGUCAUCGUGUAGCAGUGAGGAAUAUCUUUUGGGCUCCGAUGACUCGAAUAUACAUGUUAAUUACGUAGAUGAAAGUGCUAUUUGACAUACUAACUAAAGGCGACGUCACACCAUACGAUUGCCUCAUGCGAGAAUAGACGUGAGAUUGGCUGAUUGCACAUAGAAAGGAAGGAAAUGUUUUAUUUAACGACGCACUCAACACAUUUUAGUUACGGUUAUACGAUUACCAGCAAGGGAUUUUUUAUAUGCACCAUCCCACAGACAGGGUAGUACAUACUACGGUCUUUGAUAUGCCAGUCGUGGUGCACUGGCUGGAACGAGAUUGCACACGGAUGACAUCGUAAUGUUUGUCUUGUCAGCCAGCUGUUCUUGUGGCUAUUAUCGUACGGGGCACUCGUAUUGUGUGUCGGCGCCUUAAUUUAGACAGAUUAGAACACUGUCUGCUGGUUCAAGGUGGAAACAAAUUAAACAAUUAAACAACAAAUGCUCAAUAUUAAAAUAUCGAAAAAGAUAGUAGAUGAAUAAACUAAUUUGCGCAUAUGACGCAUAUCAAGCAACUACAUAUUAAAGUAAUCUAGUGGAUUACUGCAUAGUGUGGUGAAGGUGUCUGGACAAGAUGCUGACAUUAGUUCUUUUUGACAGCCCUGUCUUCCACGGAUGAUUGGUACUGACAAACAUUGCCUGCUAAACCAACACUAUGUGUGACAUUUUAAAUUUUAUUUUAACUCGAUUUUUUUAUGCUUAUGUUUCGCCGUUAAAAUUCACCCUGAGUGAAAGCCAGCCUUAACUUCGAUGGCUUAACCACUAUACCAUCGAGGUGGGUGUGCUUUCUAGAACAGCUAAAACAGAUCUGAAACUGUUCGCUGUUUUACUUAAAGUCACAGACCCUAGUUUCAAAUCAUGAAAAAAAGUUACAAUAGGGUUGGUCAAGCUACAAACCUGUAGCUAUAAACAGUUCGAUGAAGUUUUCAACAGAGUGAAACAAGAGUCUGUGACGUUGGAACGGGAAAAUAACCUUUAAAAGUAGACUAGAGCUCGUCUCCACAACAGUUAUUUCACAGAGAUACGUGCGUUUAUAAAUAAAAAUAAUAAAAAUGCUUUUCGUAG